GCCGUAUAACGUAGAGAAAGUCAGUCCCGACGUUGGCGCUGCAACAGACGUAUAGGACGGGCCUCCUUGUAAAAGCCGCCCUCGCUUCUCCCACCCUCCUCCGGUACCAUCCGCGAUAAUAUUCCGAUUAUCAGUCGCGCGGAGGAUCUGCAGGAGAAAGAGAAAAAAUAAAUAAAUACUGGAAGCGUCCACAUCGCGUUCUCUUUCGUGGAGCGAGGAAAUAUUUGAAGGGACGAGGAAGAGAUUUUUAUUUCAACGGAGUGAGAUUGAUCCACCCCGGUCGAGUGAAGUUAACGAAGAGAGGGGGGGUAAAAUCAUUUACUUCUGGAGUGAUCAACGACGAAGGAAGCGGGUCGGUGCACGCGGUGCCUUUCUCUUUCGUUUUUCGCGCGGGUCUGUUUCGUCAGUUUCCGGUCCCGCCCCUACCUGGGUGACUCCGUCAGACUUCCGAUCUCCCGCGGAGGAUCCAUCGAGACGUUCCAAAGUGGCCGGGUGACAGCCUCUCUUCCUGCUUGUCGCGGAUGCAUCGUAUAUCCUCGUCGCAGCACGUCCCGACAGCCAACAUGUUUUCGUCCUCGAGGGCUUUCCCGCCGAUUCUUGUCGUGGCGCUCGUCGUCUGCAUCGGUGCCGUGCACGGUAUUAGAUGUUACAGAUGCGGACAGUACAACGAGGGAGUCGGCAGCAUUACACCGUGCAUUAAUUACACCGCACAGAUGCUGAGGGAAUGUUCAAGCACGGAAGAAUGGUGCAUCAAAUACGUCAGCGAAGGAUCGACGGUGCGGGACUGCGUGGCUCAGUGCGUGGAGAAAGAGGCCUGGAGCACGAGAACGUAUUGCUGCCAGCAGGACGGCUGCAACUCCGGGCCGUCGUUGACAGCGUCGUACUUCGUCCUGGCGAUCUCGCUGGUGGUCUUCCUGGUGUGCCGGAGCCUCCGUGGCUAAUACGUCGUCCCACAAGAUCCCGGAGGAUCCGAGCGUCACACGGAGCCGCAAUAGGUCCUUCAAUCACACAAACUUGCACCGGGGGUUGAGGGGUGUUGAGAGUUGCACUUUGCGUCUCAAACGUUUGCGCCGAACGGUCGAGGCUUCCUACGAGGUAGCGGAUCUCGCGGAGACGUCGAUAGUCGUCCUUCUCGGUCCUUGGAUCCUCUCGCCAAAGAGUCAGAUUACAUUUCGUUAUUUAUUUGACUGACGUACAUCUCGUACCAGCGUGCUUUCUCCUCUUUCCUCGAUAUCGACGCUUACUAAAUCAAAAUUCACGACAGUUGAAGUCUAGUUGGAGUGCGUAUUAUAUCGAUGGUGUUUGAGAAAAAUUUCACUUCAUACGAUCAGAUUUGCACAACAGUUAUCGGUUGGAAAUAUGCCUCGUUCACCUGUUGCUCUUGUCGACCCACAGAUUGAUCGAUUUCCCUUUGUUUUUUCGGUAAAACGUUGCUGUAACGUUUCGCAAAAUUAAUGCCUCAUAACAACUUUACACCCGUUUAUUCAUAUUAUGCGGAUAUAGCAUUCAAAUAUUUACUCUUCGAUAUUUGUUUUAUGUUUCUUUUCAAAACUCUUGCUCUUCAAGGUCUUCUUUCUAAAAUAUCAUGAGAUGUCGAAAAAAUUCAGAGAAUAUAAUUAUUCUAUUUCCUAAAAAUUCAAUUUUUCACGCAAAUUUUUAGAUGGCGUUUAAAAACCGUGAAUAAUCAAUAUUGCAUACCACGAUUAUUUCCGAAUAUUAUUCUUUAAUUAAUAGAAUGGAAAAUGCCCUUGAUAGAAAAGUCUCCUCAGGUCGGAUUCGAAACUUCUCUUGGCGAGUGUCGUUUAAAUUAAGACACCAUUUUCGAGAUCGUUAUCAAAUUUUUGCAAGCUCGUAACGAUAUUUUUCAAAUUUUACCUCCAAAUAAUGUUAAUUAUUAAAUGAAAAUAACAUAUAUAAAGCUUUCUGAAAAAUAUCUCAAUCGAUGAAAGGAAAUUUUGAAAACAAGCUGCGCACGUGAUUUCUCGACAAUAUUUUUCCUGACGAGUUUUUCUCCCGUUUAUUCUCUAAUAAAUAAAUAAAUAAUGGGAAUGAUAACGACAUAUUUAACACUCGCGAUUUGAGGACGACAAAGACUUCGAGAGAAUAGUCAUCAUCGUAUCACGUUUAUCCGCUUUCACGGUCUAGCUUUCAUGCGAUCCGACUUUGUAGACGAGACUUCCCUCGUGUGAUAUCCGAGCUUAUCUUUUUUUAACACCGUUUCAUCAUCUCUGUGAUUUUUUAGGCAUGAUAGUUCUUUCGGAUUAUCCGAAUUAUUCGAUCGAUCAUUCGAAACUGUUCGAACAAUUGAAUUUUGAAAUAAGAGAAUCAUGAUUUAUCCUCGAAAAUUUUUAUUGCGAUUAAAAAGAAAUACAUUAA